GAAUACCGACGGCAGCGACGCCAGCAGCAGCAGCAGCAACAGCAGCAGCAGCACUCAGUUGCACAUCCCGCUGCUGCAGCUGCAGAGCGAGAGCACUUGCUGCAGCACCGAAUGCAGCAGCGAACGAAGCACUGUUGCUGCUGCUGCAGCUGCUGCUGUUGCUGCUGCUGCUGUUGCUGAUGUUGAGACAGGAGCAGCAGCAACAGAUGAAGCACAGACGCCGCAGGGUGUAGCAGCAGCAACAGAUGCAGCAGCAGCAGAAGGUGCAGCAACAGCAGAACGUGCAGCAGCAACAGAAGAUGCAGCAGCAGCAGAUGCAGCAGCAGCAGAUGCAGCAGCAGCAGAUGCAGCAGCAGCAGAUGCAGCAGUAGCAACAGCAGAUGCAACAACUUCAGCAGCAGCUGCAGCAGCAGCUGAAGAAGCAGGAGCAGCAGGGAGAGUAGCAGCGACGGAGGAGGCAGCAGCAGCGAAAGAGACAACAGCAGCAGAAGAGACAGCAGCAGCAGCAAAUGCAAUAGCAGCAGCAGAUAAAAUAUCAGCUGAUGAAGCAGCAGUAGCACCAGAGACAGCAACAGCGAGAGAUAAAGAAGCAGCAGCAACAGAUGAAGCAGCAGCAGCAGCUAAAACAGCAGCAGGAGAAGCAGCAGCAGCAACGGAAAUAGCAGCAGCAACAGAAGAAGGAGAAGCAGCAAGUGAGCAGAAUAUGUAG